AUGCCUGAAGGUACCAACAAAAAGCCAUUGCGCAUUUCCAUUGACCGCGGUGGAACCUUCACCGAUUGUAUCUGCAAAGUGAUCAAUGGGGAUGAUAUUCUCGUGAAGAUAUUGUCUGUUGAUCCGAAGCACUAUGCCGACGCGCCAACUGAGGCGAUUCGCCGUGUUUUGGAGAUACACUAUAAAACUUCAAUUCCACGAGGCUCUGAACUAGAUCUCAAGGAUGUUGAAUGGAUCCGCAUGGGCACCACGGUAGCAACGAAUGCGCUACUCGAGCGCAAAGGCGAGCGCACAGCCUUACUUGUCACCGAAGGCUUCAAGGACAUCUUGUAUAUUGGCAACCAAAGCCGACCGUACAUGUUCGAUCUGUCAAUUCGACGAUCCAAACCGCUGUACUCAGACGUCUUUGAAGUCAAAGAGCGCGUGACAGUUGGGGCAUGCAGUGACUCAAAUCUCCGUACCGUGAAGCUGCAAUCUCCAGAGCCAGUCGAGUCGAUCGUUGGUACCUCCGGUGAGGUUGUUCAAGUGCUGCAACCUAUCGACCUGGCAAGCACUCGAGCUUAUCUGCAAGAUAUAUAUAAAAAAGGCUUCCGCUCGUUGGCGGUGUGCCUGAUGCAUUCCUACAUCUUCCCAACUCAUGAGUUGCAGAUUCGUGACUUAGCGCUCGAGAUUGGGUUUAAAUAUGUAUCUCUCUCACAUCAAACCUCUCCACGACCAAAAAUUGUCCCUCGCGGAAAUUCUACGGUAGUCGACGCAUACCUGACUCCAAACAUCGAACAAUACUUGCAACAAUUCUCAAAGAAUUUCCCUAAUAUCGACCAGUCCGGGACGCGAUUGGAGUUCAUGCAGUCAGAUGGUGGAUUGGUGCCCUCGUCAAAACUCUCUGGGCUGCACUCUAUUCUCUCUGGACCGGCAGGAGGUGUUAUCGGAUUUUCCCAAACAUGUUUCGACAUAGAAGAGCAGACCCCUGUCGUUGGAUUCGAUAUGGGAGGCACCAGCACCGACGUUAGUCGAUACGACGGUGAACUGGAUCACAUCUUCGAAACAACGACUGCUGGGAUCGCGAUUCAAGCCCCACAACUCAACGUGAAUACUAUCGCCGCUGGUGGAGGAAGUAUACUGGCCUGGAAAGAUGGACUCAUGUCAGUUGGUCCCGAAAGUGCCACCUCCAAUCCUGGGCCGGCCUGCUACCGUAAAGGAGGUCCUUUGACCGUGACUGAUGCAAAUCUGGCACUGGGACGGUUGCUUCCAGAGGAAUUCCCCUCGGUGUUUGGUGUUAAUGAGAAUGAACCAUUGGACAGAGAGGUUGUUCUCAACAAGUUCAAGGAUCUCACUCAAACUAUCAACCAAGAGACGGGUAAAUCACUGACGUGGGCAGAGGUUGCAGAUGGUUUCCUCCAGGUCGCCAACUCGGCAAUGUGCGGACCCAUUAGAAGUUUGACUGAGGCCAAGGGUUAUGAUGUUGCAAAGCAUCACCUCGCGUCAUUUGGUGGUGCAGGGGGUCAACAUGCCUGCGCUAUUGCCGAAGCCCUGGGAAUUCGGAGAGUUUUGAUCCACAAAUACUCCUCUAUCCUCUCUGCCUAUGGGAUUGGAUUAGCAGAUCUCGUGCACGAGGAAGAGCGGGUAUGCGCAAAAGCCUUUGACGACUCUACGUUCAAAACGAUAUACAGCGACAUGGAUAUUCUCGCAGACAUCGUCCGAGGCAAUGAGUCCAUGCAACCAUUUAACAAUGUUCAGACCCGCCGCUUCCUGAAUAUGAGAUACGAUGGUAGCGAGACUUCAAUCAUGGUCUCCCUGGAUAGCUCUGACGACCCUCGGGAGGAAUUUAUCAAAGCCCAUCAUCAGCAAUUUGGAUUCACUCCUACCAACCGUGCAGUGUAUGUUGACACUAUUCGCGUUCGAGCGAUUGGCUCCAGUAUAUUCUCUGGGCCUUCGGCCAAAUCUUUGAAUUCCCAUCCUAAACUCGUGUCUGGAUCAGUGGCCCCGGUCCCUAAAUCAUGGGAAUCCACUUACUUCAGUCCAAUGGGAUGGGUAAACACUCCAGUAUAUCAUUUUGACAAUUUGAGCGAUGGGUGCCAGAUCUCAGGACCGGCCAUCGUGAUUGACAAAACCCAGACAAUCCUGGUCAGCCCGCACUCAAAGGCGACAUUGACACAAGAUGUACUGGCCCUGGACGUGAGCUCCUCAGGUCCGAAAUUGACCAGUGCAGAGGUCAUUGACCCAGUUCAGCUUUCCAUUUUCCGCCAUCGGUUUAUGGGCGUUGCAGAGCAAAUGGGACGCGUUUUACAAAACGUCAGUAUCAGCGCCAAUAUUAAAGAGCGGUUGGAUUUCACUUGUGCGAUUUUCACACCCGAAGGAGACUUGGUCGCCAACGCACCCCAUGUACCCGCCAUGAUUGGGAGUAUGGCCUUUGCAGUCAGAUCACAGAUUGCCGAGUGGCAGGACAAGUUGCAAGAUGGUGAUGUUUUGCUCUCCAAUACACCAGAAUUUGGAGGUGUUCAUCUUCCUGACCUCACGGUCAUUACCCCUGUUUUCGACUCUGAUGGAAAGGAUAUAAUAUUUUGGGCAGCUUCGCGCGGUCACCACGCCGACGUCGGAGGCAUACUUCCUGGAUCAAUGCCACCCUUGUCAAAGCUUCUAUCCGAAGAGGGUGCAGUCUUUGAUUCAUACCUGCUGGUACGCGCUGGCCAUUUCGAUGAGGAAAAGCUUCACCGGGUGUUGUGCGUAGAGCCUGCGCGUUUCCCAGGCUCCAGUGGAUCCCGAUGCUUCCAGGAUAAUGUCACCGAUUUGAAAGCGCAGGUUGCUGCAAACCACUGCGGCAUCCGUCUCGUGCGGCAACUGAUCCAGGAAUAUUCUAUGGAUGUGGUUCAGAUGUAUAUGCGCGCAAUUCAAGACUCGGCUGAGCUCGCCGUGCGGAACCUCUUGAAGCGUCUUGCCAAUGAUCACAAUGGGGAAGAGAUAUCCGCGGUCGACUACAUGGACGACGGGACCCCGAUUAUGCUCAAAGUAACCAUUGAUCCAUCAGAUGGUUCUGCCAUCUUUGACUUUACAGGAACAGGUCCAGAGGUUUAUGGAAACUGGAAUGCUCCAAUUGCAAUCUGCAACUCGGCAGUUAUCUUUGCUUUGCGCUGCAUGGUUAACUCUGACAUUCCCCUCAACCAGGGCUGCAUCAAACCUGUACAGAUGAUCAUCCCUGAUAGGUCACUUUUGCGGCCCAGCUUCGAAGCCGCAGUGUGCGCGGGUAACGUAUUGACCUCACAACGGAUCGUGGACGUCAUUUUCAAGAGCUUCAAGGUCUGCGCUGCCAGUCAAGGGUGCAUGAAUAAUUUCACCUUCGGCAAUGACGGGGAGAAUGGGUUCGGAUACUAUGAAACCAUCGCUGGUGGGAGUGGCGGAGGCCCCGGCUGGGCUGGCACAAGCGGCGUGCAUACCAACAUGACCAACACGCGCAUCACCGACCCUGAAUCACUAGAACGCCGCUACCCGGUGAUUCUGCGUCGUUUCAUUCUUCGCGAAGGGAGUGGCGGCGCCGGAAUGUAUCCUGGAGGAGAAGGUGUUAUCAGAGACGUUGAACUGCGGCUGCCGAUGUCUGUGUCCAUUCUUUCCGAACGCCGCAGCUUUGCGCCUUACGGUAUGGCAGGGGGCGAUGAUGGCAAGCGCGGGAAGAACACAUGGAUCACUAAGGCUGGCCGGCAUAUCUCCGUUGGUGGCAAAAAUUCGAUCCGCGUCCAACCUGGGGACCGUUUCGUCAUUGAAACCCCUGGUGGUGGAGGAUAUGGAGUUCCUGGGGAACCAAAGAAAUCAAGCGUGGAUCAGUCAACGGUCAUGCCGUCGUUUGUUCCUAUCGCCAACGGUAGUGUGGCCGCCAAUCGGAGCUUGGCAGAGGAGGUGUAG